AAUUAUUUUCGUCUAUUGAUUACUGUUUUUAUUGGUUGAAAUGGCAAAACACUACGGCCAAUAAACUCGCAGUGGUGGUUCGAAAAGAUGGCUACGUUGCCGUCUCCUACACAGGUAGCUGGUCAGCAUAGUGCCAUAUAUGAAGCCUAUUACAAUGUGGUUGAUCCUAAGGGAGUUGGAAGUAUUGGAGGAAUGGAGGCCGCCAGAUUCUUAAAGCGCUCUGGUCUUAGUGAUGUGAUUUUAUCAAAAAUAUGGGAUCUGUCGGAUCCAGGUGGAAGAGGGUGUCUUGACAAAUCAGGAAUGUUUGUAGCAUUGAAGCUUGUUGCUCUUGUCCAAAAUGGAAAAGACCUCAGUGUAAACAGCAUUCAUCUUGAUGUUUCUCCUCCAAAAAUGGGUGAUAUUCCUCUGCCUAAACCACAAAAGCCUCCACCGCCAUCUGCUACUCCAUUAAUCACUUCACUUCCUCCUACUGCAGUUGACUGGAGUGUAAAAGCAACUGAGAAGGAAAAAUAUGAAAAACUUUUUGAUUCACUGCAACCGAUAAAUGGUCUCCUUGCAGGGAACAAGGUGAAAAAUGUUUUACUGGAGUCAAAAUUACCAUUUGAUACUUUAGGUAAAAUUUGGGACUUGGCAGAUCAAGAUAAAGAUGGUAUGCUUGACCGCUAUGAAUUCAUUGCAGCCAUGCAUUUAGUCUACAAAGCACUGGACAAGUUUGCAAUACCCAAUUCUUUACCAAUUGAACUAAUGCCACCAACAAAAAGAAAAAACUCAGCAUCACCAGCACCACCAAUUCUUAAUCGUGGAAUGGAUGGGGUUAUAACUGAUAAACCGUCUUCCCUUAUUAAUCAGUCUUUAAUCUCCACCGCUCCAGUUAAACCUCCUGCCCCACCAGUGAUCCAACAAACUGUUGUGCCAUGGGUUGUUAAUGUUGAUGAAAAAGCAAAAUCAGACGCUUUGUUCAUCAAAAGCGAUGUUGAUAAAGAUGGAUUUGUAUCCGGACAAGAGAUUAAAGAUGUAUUUUUACAAUCUGGGGUACCACAGGCAAUGUUAGCUCAUAUCUGGGCAUUAUGUGAUAUAAAACAAAGUGGAAAGCUGAAUAAUGAGCAAUUUGCUCUUGCCAUGUGGUUUGUAGCGAGGUGCCUAAAAGGCAUCGAUCCACCGACCACACUAACACCAGAAAUGGUUCCACCAAGUUUCAGAUCUUUGAAGGCUGAUGGACUAGUGGAAAAUAAUAAUACCAAAUAUUCCAAUCCAGAAUUAGAAAUGAUCAGUAAGGAUAUAGAACAGUUGAGUAAAGAACGUUUGGGCUUGGAAGCGGAAAUAACUCAGAAGGAGGCAGAUAUUCGAAUAAAGAAGAGUGAAAUAACAAGUUUGCAGAGUGAGCUGGACACAUUAGCAGCAACUUUGAAGCAAUUAGAAAAUCAGAAAGGUGAAGCACAGAAAAGACUGAAUGAUCUCAAGGCACAGAGUUCAGAGAAUGACAUUCAGUUAGAAGAGUUUACACAAGAAAUCGAGGAGAAGGAGAUGAGUGUAGAUAAAUUGAGGACACAAGCUUCUGAGCAAGCUGCAUUAGUGUCAGCACAAGAAUCUGAAUUGAAUAGUAAGAAACAACAGCUAGAGGGUUUGAAACAAGAAGAAGAGCGUUUGGAAAAUGAACUGACGGAAGCUACUAAAACUUUGGAUAAUUUAACCACAUCAAUGCAGGACUCUCAGUUGAAUAUUAGUCAGGCUAAAGCUCUUCAGACUCAAUUGGAGGAGCAGACAAGACAACUAACAGACGCCAUCAAGUCAUGUGAGGCUGCUAUAAAUGCUAAUGAUGCUUCUCAAGUUCCAGAUACCACACUCAGAAUUAAUCCAGAUUUCAGAAAUUCCAGAGAAUCCAAUCUAAGGUUGAUGAAUGGUCCGAAUGGGGAGCAUAGUAUCAACGAUACUCACAAUGACCCUUUCUCGGAAAAAAGUAGAAGAACUUCAGGAUUCGAAAAAGAUCCUUUCAAUAAUGAUCCAUUCAAUAAUUCAAAAUCUUUCACCUCAUCAGAUGCCUUCAGUGCUGCUUUUGGAUCUUCAGUACAGGAAAGUUUCUCCUCAGAUCCGUUUGGAGAAAAUGAAAAACCAUAUUCUUUCGAUGCAUUCAGGGAUUCAAAGAAAAAUUCUGAUGUAACUUCUCAUUCCCAAAUGGAAAGUUUCUCCUCAGAUCCGUUUGGAGAAAAUGAAAAACAAGAUCCUUUCGAUGCAUUCAGGGAUUCAAGGAAAAAUUCUGAUGCUACUUCUCAUACCCAAGAGCCUGAUAAAGAUCCAUUUGGUUGUGAUCCCUUUGCCAUUCUUCAUGCACCUACAAGAGAUGGUUCGAUUCCGACAAGGCCAACUAGUCCUAGUCCAGCUCUGCCCCCCAAAAAGAGUAAGCAACCACCUCCAAGACCGGCGCCGCCUAGACCGCAGCCUCCUAAAAAAUCGUCACAAAAUGAUCCAUUCGGAGGGGACUCUUUUGGGUCAAGCGGUAGUGGUUUUGCUGAUUUUUCAGAUUUUGAUUCUAAGUGCCUGCACUAUAGUUUCCCCAAGGAAAGGUCCUUGUCUCCUGAUCCUUUCACAUCCUAUAGAAUCCCAUAUUGUCAAUCAAGAAUGUUUUUCCUGCAAAAAUGUUCCCCGGUGUAUUAUAACUAUAUUUUGUUUUCCAAUAAGACAUCACCAUCCAGCAAGACGAGUCAGGUAGCCGUAGAAAAACCAUCCAAAGAACUAGAAUUCGUUGAUGACCCCUUCAGAGACUACCGGUACGAAGACCCAUUCAAUAUAUCGUUUGAAGAAGAUGAAUCCCCGGAUAGUUCUAAGAAAUCGAAAAGUGUUGAUGCUUUCAAUACCCCAAAAAGUAAUAAUGGCAAUAGCGUUGAUGCUUUCAAUACUCCCGAAAAAAAUAGUGUUAAUAGUUGGGAUAAUGAAGAAAUCAAUAGAAAUAAGAAGGACUUUGAAAUGGAUAAAUUUGACCCCUUCGGUUUGGAUGGUCGACAAUCUGUACCACUUCCGUCUAAUGAUUUAUUUAAUAAUAAUAGCGGCAGGGCUUCGGCCCCUAUACAAUCUAAGGUGCUUACUGAGGAUCAGCAGCUUGCUUGGGCAGCUGCAGAAAGUCUCAGAUUGGAAAAAGAAAGACAACAAAGACUUUUACAAGAGGAGGCUGAUUUGAAAUUGGCCUUAACCUUAAGCCAGUCAGAUGUUCAAAAAUAAUUGUUUCCAAUUAUUAUGUCCAUUUCUCCUUAAGAAUUUCUAGCAUAUAUAAAUAAGCUGAAUUACAAGUCUAUUAUAUCUGAUGCCAACAUUAGAGACACAAGUUUUUCUUUGAUGUUUGAGAAGUAAAAUUUCCCAAAAUUAUUCAGGUGUAUUUUGUCGUGAACAUAUUUCCUCAUAUCAAAUGCAUUUUGAAAAUGUAUUAGUAUUUAUUCAAUACAAAAAAAAAACAAUUUUUUGGAAGAAAUCCUAUAUUCUAAUAGUUUUUGUCUUCGAUGUUGGCCUCAUUGGUGUUCAAACACAUAUCAUUUAACUCAAAAGUAAUAUUAAUUUUGCAGUGUACCUGGCAAAUGUUACGUUCAGAUAUUGUAUAGAACUUUAUGCUUGAAUCAAUAAUUUAUCAAGUGCUUGAUAUUUUUAUGAAUGUUGCACAUUUCAAAAUUUAAAAUAUAGUUAACCUCAACAUGUCAUGAUGUGUAUCUUAUUUAUUAUUGGAUUGAUAAAUUCAAAAUUUCGUUCAAUAAAUUAUAUUUUUAUGAGAAUGGUUUCGUAUGAAUCUAAAAUGAUUUGUUCCAAUUGUUUCUUGUUAUGUAUAGCACAAAAUUUGGCUGUAGGAUCACUAUAAAAAAUAGGUUGAUUCAUUUUUAGUGUUUUUAUUGAACGUCUGAUGUUAGCAAUAUUAAUGAAAGUGCGUAACAUUGAAUGACUCAGUUUUUUUUUAUGUUGUUGAACUCAUUUGAUGUGAUUAUUAUUGUCAUGAAAGACCAUUCAUUAUCAGUAUUUGUAUGAUAUAUCUUAUUCAUGUUAACAUUUUGAUUAUUCCAUAGAUUUUUCAGUCAUGUAUAUAUGUUUUCAUUAUUUAAGAAUAUUUACAAUUUA